AUGAAAAGCGAGACUCGCAAAAGAACUCGUGUCGCCUGCAACGCUUGUCGUCGGAAAAAAAUCCGCUGUGAUGGCCAACCUCGAUGCCGCAAUUGUAUCUUAACAGAUGAGGCUCCGUGCGUCUAUGAGCAGCGGCAGCCGAAGACGGGCAAAACCGGCGGUUCCGCCAGGCACCAGAAGAAAUUACUCGAGUAUCUCAGUGAGAGAGUGCAUCGACUCGAAGCGGCAGUUCUGGCGCUAAAUAAGCGAACUGGUCUCUCUGACGACCAUGUCGCGCCAGAAGAUGGACUGACUUGCUCAUCUUCGGAUGAAUCUGAUGAUUCGAUGGAGAUCAAAGAGGAAUUGCCACGAGAAGACAAUGUAGCUCUCAAACCGACUGAACUUUAUUUUGGGGCACAUUCUUUGGUGGGCAUUUUCUCUCCAUCUAGUCUUGCGUGGAUGGAAAGCCAUCUCGGACCUGAAAGCAGUGACAUUUUGCUCCCACUCCGCAACAUGCCUAUUCUCUUCCAGAAAAAGACUCGUAACUUCUUGUUGCAUUGGCUUGAUCCAACUCCAAUGGAUGCUCAGGCUAAGACUCGUAUAUUGGUGAACCCUUUUCCAAAGAACCAGACAGCGGUGUUUCUGCUCUUGGAGACUCACUAUCGGCCGUUAUGUCUCACCGAUAACAUGAAACCGGAGUCGAUUUUAAGCUUAUUUCAUGCUUAUUAUACUCGAAAGUCAUCUUCUAAGCCUGUGUUUCGAGUUUCGACGUUAAUGAGAAUGACUGUGGCGUUUCUUAUGGCUAUUGCGUCCCAUGCAGAGGCAGCCGGUAAGUCUAAUGCCCCUACUCCGCCAGCUGGGUCUUACUUCACCGAAGACGAGUUUUGGGACCUACAAAACGAAUUAUUGGCUAAUUUGGUGGCGUAUUACCAUCGAAUCAGUAUAGUUGGUGAAGGACAGGAGUCUGUGGAGGCUUUGCUAAUGUUAGUGUACUACGUUGACAAAGAUUGUGUUGUGGCUGAAGUUAGUUAUCUGAUUCUUACUCUGGCAAUUAAGGUUGCUUGUGGUCUUGGCUUUCAUCGAAUUGAAUCCUAUGCCCAUCUUUCUGAAAAAGCAGCUCUUGAAAGGCGGCACUUAUGGUCGUUAUGUCGGUAUAUGGACAUGGAAUUAUGCUACAGAACGGGAAAAGUGCCUAUUGUCAAUUACAAUGACAUCAGUCGUGAACUUCAAGGUUGCCACAAUUUUCUUGGUGAAGCUCAUCCCAUGCUGUUUGCUACUUCGCAAUAUUUUCUAGCGAUAUUUGAGUGCCGCUUCAAGAGUUACAUAAGGCUUUUCUCUGCAACUGCGCGGUUGGGUACGUUUGCAGAGCUUCAAGAAAACUUGGAUGUGUUGAACCUGGAAAUGGCUGGAAUUGCGAUGAAUCUCCCGGAGAACAUUCGCCCAGUCUUUUUCAACGAUCCAAACUUCAAACCAAUGAAGGAAGUCCUGUCACAAGCAGACGAGAUAAACCUCACAUGUGUGCUCACAUAUUUUACACAUAUGAUGUUGAUAAACCGUCUACCAUUAAUCUGUUCUUUUCCCGAGGUGCCCGAAGAGUUUAAAUUAGGUUAUAGAAACCUUUCUCUCAAUAGCGCCCGGACAAUUCUUCAUAUUAUUAUGGGCUUAGAAAAAGAGUCCUUUCAAGGUUCGUACAGUUCAUGGGCCAUCUUUUUCCCUGUUACUGCUAUUCUUCAUCUACUGGCGACAUGCAUGAACUCACCACAUUCAGCGGAGGCAAUUUCGGACUUACGCCUUUUAAUUGAUGUCACGGUCAAAUUUUUCAACCACCGUACACUGAGUAAAAAGGUGGGACCUUUUGAUCUUGGAAGAGUAAGCUCGUUGUUCCUGAUUCUCAUCAAGACGAUUUUGAAGGUGACCAUUACAAUUCUUGAGAAGAAAUUGGGCAUUUCCAUCAUUGAAGAAGACUCCAGUCUCCGUGACAUUUUGUUUCCUACACAGAAAACGUUCCCCGAGCUUUACAGCGAUUCUGACAGCCUCAAAAAGAACGCAAAAUCUGCCAUAUUCUUCAAUGCGAAAUCGCCGUUUUCUUCUGACUCAAAAGUGAUAGAAAACACCCCUUCACCAGCAUCCCAAUGCAUGAUGUCAUGUGACACCAACAAUGGCCAGGUGAUUUCGCUGGGUAGUUCUCAACACAACCAAGAUCCUGGAUUAAUUCUUGCUGAUGAACAAUUGGCCAAUGUGAUGCACCUCAAUAAUGACGAAGAGAAUUUCGGAGGCCAGUUUGACGAGAUUGACUCGCUCAUCAACUCACAGCUAAAUCAACUUCCUCAUUUUUUCUUUGACACAUGA